AUGUAUGACAAUAGUAGUAGUAGAGUAAUAUUGAUAUCAUUGUUUAUUGUAAUCGGAAUCUGUUGUAUUGGUAUCAAUGCUAAUGUUGAAGAUGUUGAGAUACUAACUGCAAAGUUAUUCUUUAAUAACAACGCUGAACUUGGUGAAGGUUCAAUAUGGGAUUGUAACAAACAGUUGCUCUAUUAUCUUGACAUUGAAGGGAAGAAGCUAUAUGUCUUCGACCCAAGUCGAAUGAUCCAGCAUUCAUUCAAUCUUCCAAAUAGACCUGGUACUGUUGUACCCAGAGCCAAUGCCAAGGAUGGAGAGGUGGUGAUAGCCAUUCAAGGACUGGGCGUUGUUAGCUUCAACUACUUGACUGGUGAACAGACAGUGUUGGCCAAUCCAGAGACAUCCUCUACGAAUAGAUACAACGAUGGCAAGGUUGACCCAAGGGGAAGAUUCUGGGUUGGUUCAAUGUCCCUCAAGAAUGGAUUCCCAGCUGAAGCCGCCUUGUACUGUGUUGGUAUCAAUCAUCAAUUCUCCACUGUGCUCUCCAAUGUCAGGAUAAGCAAUGGCAUCGUGUGGUCGGCCGAUGCCACCAAGAUGUACUACAUCGAUACGCCAACACAGGGUGUAGACUCAUUCGACUACAAUGUUGAAACUGGUGCCGUGACCAAUCGCAAAAAGAUCAUCAACAUUGAGUAUGGAUCACCUGAUGGAAUGACCAUUGACAACCAAGGUAUGCUUUGGGUUGCUCACUACGACGGAGGUCGUGUGACAAGAUGGGACCCAAACACUGGCAAGUUACUCAUGGUCAUAAUGUUGCCAGUCAACAAAGUGACUUCAUGUGCAUUUGGAGACAGCGACCUGUCCAUGCUCUACAUCACCACUGCACGAGACAGCGCACCAGGCAGUGGCGGACUCUAUCGCAUCUCCCUUCAAUCACGUGGUAUCCGUGGUGUGUCAGCCUUUGCUUACAAGGGUUGA